ACACCACAAACGCACUAGGAUUCAAGAUACCUUAGGUAUGUUGGGAAGCUCCAGUUUGGUUGAUCAGAGAGUACACAAGUUUUAUUCCGCGAGUCAGCUGUUAGUCUAAUAUGACCUUUUUUCUCAAAAGUUAUGUAUAUUAUAUGAAUGACUAGAGCUUAUAGUUUUAACAUUGGUGAAUAUGGUGAAAUUGAACAUUUUUGUAGCAACAGUACUUGCUUGCCUCAGCAGAGCGGCGGGGCAAUGGGGUAUAUCAGGAGGACGGGGUACGGGACCAUACUGGCGGGGUACCACCACGGGCUUCGGACCCAGGGCGCCCCCGAAACGAACGGAUUUGUGUUGCAGACAAACGGUGAGCUACGGCGGCAGUUCAGUGCCCGUACCAUUAGCCAAGAACUGUAAGGACAUAUUGGAAUUUGGCGGCGGUCGAGAUGGUGUGUACACUGUCUAUGUCUCUGACCUUGAGAGCUGUAGCAAGAGAGAGGUCUACUGCGACCAACAGAGGGACGGCGGAGGAUGGACGGUAAUUCAACGCCGGUUUAACGGUAACCUCAACUUCUACCGCGGUUGGCAGGAUUACACCAAAGGCUUCGGUUUCUUGGAUGGGGAGUUCUGGCUUGGCUUGGAAUGGAUUCACCUACUUACCCACCAGGGACCAACAGAAGUCCGGAUAGACCUGCAGGAUUUCCAGUACGAAGAGGCACACGCGGUAUACCGCUUCAUAUCGGUGUCCGACGCGGCUAAGAAUUACUCGCUGACCGUACGGCGGUACGACCCAUCGUCAACCGCAGGUGACGCUUUGAGUCCCCACAACGGCGCCCAGUUCUCUACCUUCGACGCAGACAACGACCGAUGGAGCGGCAACUGUGCGUCCGAAUACUCCGGCGCUUGGUGGUACACCAGCUGCCACACAGUCAAUCUUAACGGCCUCUACCUGGGUGGACCAACGAGUGACUACGCCACGGGGGUUGUCUGGAAUACCUGGAAAGGGUAUAGCUACUCGCUCAAGUUCGUCGAGAUCAAGAUCAGACCGUUACCACCGCCGUUUUGACGCUGACAUAAAGGACAGAAUGGAUCGAUGUACGAGGGUAUUUUUGGAUAUUUAGGUCUGAGAAUUACGCAUUUAAUCCCAGUGGGAUAAUCCCUUUACGCGCAUGCGGGCACAUACCGCAUUCCCUUCCCGAUUUUUAUGACAUUCUUUAUAAAAAGAAGCGUUGAUUUUGUGAACAGGGGAGCAUUUCAUCGACAUUUUUCAUCUUGCAAGUUGUCAGAUCUAACAACUUUCUUUGAUUGGCUGAGAGGCACAGUUACUAUGGUAACUGUCGAAUAAAACGUCCGACAAGUCAUUUCAUGAAAAGCUCUCCAGAACGACGCGACGUUCAAACGCCGAGAUUCUUCCUCAAUGGUAAUUGGUUUUCGUUGUUCUCAUGUCAACCGUGGAAAAUCGUGGCUGACGUGCUUAGUUCUUAGGAUAUAGGUCUUCUAAAGAUUAUUGAUUACUAAACAUUGUCGAAAACAACACAUUGGGCUAAACGUAAAACCUGGUCGAGUCCCAUGUGUAUGAGUACUUCACACAUCAGAAUGAGCUGUCGGUGGAUUUGAUAUACAAUUUAGAUUGAUAUUUAUGUAUUAUGGUUUUUAAAGUAAAAUAUCCCGUUAAUUAUCAUUUAUUAUGCAACAGAAGGAAAAGGUUAGGCAAAAUGAUGCAUUAUUUACAACAAUCACAGUUUCCUGCAAUUCAUCAUAAAAAAACAUUUCAUUGAUGUCAUUUCAAAUGUCUGGGAGGGUUCUUUUAACAACCCAAAGAAGUAACGUUUGUUAUAGAAUGUGAGACAGGAGUAUUUUGUGAAGUGGUCGAAUAUGUAUACGUGUAGCUUAAAAAAUGAUAAGAAUAUAAUUACAAAACGAUAUUAAAUGAUAAUCAAACUUAAAGUUAUUGUAGAGCUCUUAUACGGAAUGAGGACAUCAUUCUGUUAGAGUAUGCGUUGAACGCCACAAUAAGCAUAAUAAGUUAAUAAAGUAGGUUGUUCAUCAAAGUACGAACUGUUAUGAGUAGUAUAAUGAUAAUGGAAUAGUUAUCAAAUAUGAUUUCUACGAAUUCAAUUUGUCAGGUGGUAAACAGAUAUUUCAUUUUUCUGAUUAUCAUGAUAAUGUGUUGAAUAAUGAAUCCGAUAAGUAACUAUACUGCAAAAACUCCGGUGUUGAUUUAACACCAGCCCGGAAUCUAUAUAUAUCCACACCAGAGAAGCAUUCAAAUCGAUGCUGCUUAAAUACUAAUAGGUGUUGUAUAAACACCUUUCUGGUGUUAGACCAAAACGAAACUGGUGUUGUUUAACACUUCUCUGGUGUGGACAUAGAUUCCGGGCUGCUGUUAAAUCAACACCGGAUUUUUUGCAGUGUAUAUGUGGAUGUAAUGUAAUAAAAAAAUCGUAUUGGAAUCAGAUUGGGGAUGGUUUUUGUGUUAUUGGAAAUUGAAGUCCAAAUAUUUAGAAUAAUGUGUCAAUACAGAUUUUUUGUAAAUAAUUAUGAAGUGAAGGUUGUAAAUUAAGAAUGGCAGACCUGUUAUUGUCUGAAGACAAUGGAACUGAGCCAACGGUUAAAUGAUUUUUCUCAUGUGCCUCGGAGUAUAACAUUUGUUUCAAUAUGAAAUGAACAGAGAGACACAGGGAUGCAGACCUACUAGUAUUUAUCCUUUCUUUUUUAGUGUUCUUCUUUUUCCCCUUACCCCCCCCCCCUUGCCACAUACUUAAAGAAUCAUAGGGGGUGGUCACCCUAAAAGGGCCUUUAUGCCCCCUGCCUCCCUGUACAUGCUGUAGUGCCAACGUUCCUACUUCAAAGCAAGUUGCACCCGUCAAAUAAUUUGGACAGUUGAACCGAAUAAAUAUGACAAAGUAAUCUAACCGAAUAUCAUGUUUGCAUAGCGCCAUCUGUCGAUCAGUACAAAAUAUGUCUUGUUUUAAUUUCUGGAAGAAGUAUGGAGAUUAAAAUUUCUCCAUUUCAUUAUUUGUUUAAACUUCUUUUCUUUUUAAGUACACUUUAGCCUUGUCUCCGCUCAUUUCCUCUUCUCCUCCUUCUUCUCCCUUCUUCUUCUUCCUCUUUCUUCUUCUUCUUCUUUUUCUUUUCUUCUUUUUCUUCUUCUUCUUCUUCUCCUCCUCCUAUUCCUUUGUCUUUUUCUUUCUUUCUUUCUCCCUUUCUUUCUUUUAUAUCUUUCUUUCUUUCUCAUGGUCUUCCUUCCCCUCCAUUCUACCAAGCUUACACAAUAUUAUGCUAACAUUCAUAUCUACUCUUCAAUUACCACCUAACCGCAAUAUCUUUAUUGUCAUGUGACACAGAAGUGCAUGCUAUCAAAAUUGAUUAUGAGAGAACACUUGUGAUGUGAUAGAAAAAUUAGAAUUAUGUCGUUUCAUGUAACUGCGAGACAAAAAUGGUGCCAGUAUUGUGUCUUAAAUAGAUAGUUUGAUCAAUGGUGGUUUCCUUUUCGGGGAUGGGUAUAAAGUGUUUCAUAAAAAAGACCUCCGAACGAAUAUACUGCAUAUUACACUUUGAUGGUGUAACAUAUAGACUUACAUAUGAGUAUAUGAAUAAGAAAAACAAAAUUCAAUUUCUUUGCCAAAUUGAGUUUAACACGGGGUACUGCUAUACUUUAACAGCAUAUGAAACGGGUAUUGCUACUUAUUCAGCACAGUGUGAGUAAGUUAUAUCCCGGAAAUUCACACACAAACAAACGCAAAAUAAAUAAAAACGGACAAAAAUUCU